GCGGUUCUGCAACACUGGCAGAAGCAGGAUAGAUGGGUAUACCGUAGCUACCCACUGCUUUGCUACAACUGUUGUACUGUACAGUGUACAAUUGUUGCUUCUUGAACCAUGUGUUCUUGUUGCUACAGUAUUUCUGCAUUCCUGACCUUGACCAUCAGCUCCUCUCGCGAUUUCCUUUAAUGCCACCGACCUCGAACUCCUUCGUCUCUUUGAGCCCGUACUCCCCUACAUCUGUGCGAAGGGCCGGACCUGGACGUCUAGUCGUCCAGACAGAACUAGCUGCGACCAGACUUGAUGGACACGACGGAGCUAUCGUUCCACUAUGGUGAGGCCAAGCUGACCCGCGUCUCGAGCCUGUCGCCGUGUCUCUUCCGCGUUCCACGCUACUAGGCACGCCAAUCGGGGUAUCACUCCGCUAGAUCAUGAUAUAUAUCGACUGGCGGUCAUCGUUGGAAGAGCUGGAGUAGUAACCACACAGCAGGAUGGUGCAAUGGCCACCGCAAGAGAAUAGGAGAUGCAGAAGAUCAUCAUGGAGUCAUCACCUCUCAGGUCUGGUACCAGUACAGUUGUACACGGUCAAAAAUACAUCUUUCAGUACGGAGUCGACAAAAGCAAUGCCAUAUUCUGCCCAUGAGCUGCAGGCGGAGAUUUGGCUACCACAGUGCACUGCCCGCCACCAUUCUCGCCAACGACAGUACUAGUAGUAUCUUGAAGCCAUGGUAGGACAACGAGAAGAUCACAGUGCUGUACAUGCGGCUCGCGUAGCCAGUUCUACUAGUGUCAGGCAGGGGGUUCGCAGCCUGUCAGAAACACUUCCCCGCCGGUAUCGUCACGAACGGGCUGAGAAAACGUGCCAUGGACAAGACCAUCAGCCGACCAUUUUGCACUAUUUUCUGCACCAUCCCGACCGCCGUCGAAUGACAAGGCCGUCUGCUUCGCUCAAGGAUCCAGCAAGGAGAGCUCCAGCACCGGACUUCGAGGAUCCUUACCUACAACUCUGUACACUCCACAGGGUCUCCCCAACCCUGCGUCCUCCGACUAUGGCUCGAAACAGCUGCCAGAUAGGAUUAUGCCGCUGGCAGGCAAUACUAGGAUGUAAUCGACAUGGUGCUCAAAUGCCUCGAUACUACCGUGCGGCAAAACUCUCUCGUGUUGCCGGCAGGAGGGCAUAGCGGCAGGGACAACAAGGCUCUUUUUUGACCCGAGGAGGCCCGCUCCCACCGGCGCCAUUCAGUUUGCAGUCAUGAUGGAUCCUAGGCGGACAGACAGGCAGCCACAGGCUCCCAAAUCGAGAAAGCUGAAAUGCCUUUCCGCAGCUAAACUACUACUGUACUGCCGUGCAAUCGCACACCUUUCUCACCUGAUGGUCAUGCAUUCUUGUGUGCGUCACCACAGCUAUAGCAUCGACUUUGACAGCCCAUUCAUCCAUCUUUCGCCGGGAUGAGAAUAGCCUAGAUGUGGGCUAGACGGAGAGGCGGUCGGCUAAGGGCUACGAAAGAUCACACGAAAGAUCCACGCAUACUUCUCUCGCCUCUGAGCGUGACGCCACCUUUAGCAAUUCCCUCGAUUACUGCUGUCUCCGUUAUGGUUCCCCGGGGCCUAGAUGCUGGACCGAGUCUGAUUUCAUGACAGGUGUGCUUUUAGUCUUCAGCUAAGGCGUGCAUCAGCCAUGUCGGCACGGACUCCCGCUGGUAGGAGGUGAGGGCCGGCGCGAAGUUGGACAGAGUCUCACUAACAGUAGCGGGAAUGGAGCCGCUCCAUCCUGCAUGGACGAACCAACAGCGGCCAUCGCGGUGUUGAGCUGAUCCAUCCCCAGGUUUUCGAAUACCAAGUGCACUAUGGGUGGUGGCGCUUUGACUGUCCCACGGCAGCGUCUGUCAAAGUGCCACGCUUCAGGUAAAUUUCUGCAAAUGAUCGGCAACCUAUGCCUACAGGGACGGAACUCUACUUAUGACAAGAGAAACCAGCUACAACGGAGGUUGAGUGAUGGCACAGGCUAUGUGAUGUGUUGAAGAGAGCCCAGUCGAACUGACCUGAGCUCGUGCCAGACGAAGCCUACAUCUGCGCACUCUCUGUCUUCGAGCAAGGCAAGUUGCGCGAUGAACUUGAGCACUGCCAAUCUCUGGAUCCUUGAUUGACAGCCGCCUGUCGGCCCUGAGAUGAAUCAGGUUGUCAGUACGACUCACAACGAAAUGACCGGCUGGCCCGCAAGCAGAAGGAAGCAAGCCUCUUGCCCCAAGGCUCGAAGAACUUUGAGGCGUCGCCAAUAACGACAAGAAAGGGCACAUUCCGUAGAAACGGAACGUCGGACGUGACUACGCAAGACAUUCACCACCUCUGGUCAGCAAUGUCCUCGGACGGCAGGAAGCCCUACAGCUGCAGCUGGUUCUUCUCAGCCUACAAACAAUGGCAAGCGCCUACGAGACGAAAUAUUUCCCAAGGGCCCGUGUCGGCUUCAACCAGGAGUACGACCUAGUUGUCGCCGGCCUGCACUUUAUACCACACUACACUCCAGGUCUCGAGAGCCCUUUAGAUGUAAGGCUAAGGAGGCCCUUGAAGCCUGCGCUGCUUUCCACUUGUGGACAGAUGUUUUCAGCUGUUACGCGCAUGCACAUGACGAUGCGUCGGCAGCUAGACGCUACCUCGAGUCUACCCGUAUCGUAGUCCACUUCAUCCAAAUUCUUAUGUACAAAUUCAUCUCGUCUGUUCACGGGAGCAAUCAGACAAUCCCCGCCAGGAGUCUGGUGCUCCUCCACGAGCCCAUCAUCUAGCGCAGAUCCAGCGGAGCCCGGAACACAUGCAAGGCUGACAGUCGCCUUGACUGCUUUGAGGGCCAACCAAGUAUCUUUUUCACUAUCUAGAUGGCAUAACAUUCUCAAAGCUGUCCUGUGUGUCAACUGUCAGCAUACGUCAACAUGAUGACCUAUUAUUCAGCUAUCUGCUGGGACUUUCAACACCUACGCACGACUUGAGUGACAUUCAAGAAGGUCUUCAUAACUCGUGGCUUUGGCGUCAUCAGGAGCUUGUGAGCUCGGGGUCCCAUACCCUAGCGCAAUGGGACUUGUAGGUGCGAAUUGCUCUUGAGACGCACUACUGGUGAUCGCUCACCUAUCGCUAUGGAGGAAAUGAGACUUUUGCUCGUUUGGAUCUACGGGCCGGGGCCGGCCUCGAGGGGCUCAUUGUUGAACAGCCCAAACUCCAGAGGACAGAAUCGGCCACUUCCCGCUGCAGCUUCCAAUGCUGGUCUGCAACAACAGGAGUCGCAUAACCAGCACAAGCACUGGUGCUACGGUGCUUUGCUAGUAGUAUACUGGCGGAAGGGGGAGGGUAACCUCAUGGCACGAAGCGUCCCGCUUGGGUCCUCCUAUCCCCCAGCUGGACCGUUGAGACAUGCUGCAGACGCAUCUUGCCUGAACGGGGGCCAUCGUGGGCCAGCGAAGCCCGUCUUUAUUACUCGCCUUCAAAUUUGAGUUCUUGCGGAGAGCACCAAAGCCGGGCCUAAUUCCUGGCAUUUAACGGCCAGUUUCACUUUCGGCUUUCUGCCAACACAUACCGGAUGGAAAACCCUGGCGGCGUACAGAAAAUGGCACAUUCUGAGAUCAUAGCGCAUUGCUGAAGCUCCGUCUGACGCACAACUGCAAAAGAUAACCACCCCAGGGAGCCUCCCGAAUCAUGAUAAUGCCCCCUUAGCGACUUCGACCACAGUUGUACUACUCCUCUUGUGUGGCAUAUGUCAAAGGCUAGGGCCCAUUCAUUUUUCGACCCCGUGGCAGCCACCAAACCGCCCCAGUCUUGUAGCCUUCCUAAGCUCAACCGACGGGCAGCAAAUACGGCUUAGACUUAGAGGGAAGACACGUGUGUCUAUGAUUAUCACGGUCACAACGUCGCGUGCAUCGCCAUCAACUGGCUGUUCUCAUCGUUCCGUGAGACUGAGGUCCCGCUCACCCCUGAGUAAUCAGGUCUAGGGUCCUAUUCUUCGGAAGCCCUUCUAGGCUGCCCGGAUGCACAAACAAGUUAUGAUUCACGUCCGACGCACGCACGCCAGGGACACCCAGACGUGCAGUGUGGAUCCCUCGACCGGCGUUAUUCAAUCCCAAAACGUUAAGAGAUUGUCUCGCCGGCCACCACGCGUUUCUGUAUGGAGGCACAGCUCCGUUUCCACCGCUGUCUCUGCACUUUUGUUGUCGACAGAGCUUUGCGAGGGCUCGAGUGGCCUAUCGCAUCUUCCCAGUAAGGCCCGCAUCGUGGAGCAGGCACACACACCCCGAGCUUUGCG